AUGGAAUCAAGGGAAGAAAUUAAUAAAGAACUAGAAACAAAGCUUAAGAAGCUUGAGGAGGACAUUGCAAAUGUAAUAGAAUAUAAUCAUAAGUUGAAAGAGAUGAUGGAAAGCCUUAAGGUGGAGGAAAGGCUUACUCUUGAAUGGCUUCUCGACUGCUUUGACGGUUCUAGGUUUUUCCGUAAAAACCCCAGUCCCGCUAUGGACUUCUUUAUGUAA